AUGGAAUCGAUCCUUACCAGUAAACUAGACUGCUUGGGGAUUCAUUUUGAAUCAGUCCGCUCUCGCGUCGCCAUGGACUUCACAGGCGCCGUGGGUAGGAUAGUGGAAGAUCCCCAAGAAGCGACGGCCAUCGCAGUAGCCGAAGGAUACUCGUGGAAACGCCGUUGGAGAGGGUACACUCGUGGGUCAACAGGUCCCACUGGUCUCAGUCAAACACAAACGGCGUACGUGCAAUCUAUAGAUGCCGGCAUCCACAUGACCCAGCCCUGGUUCCACAGUGGUUUGUCUAGAGAUAAGGCUGCGGAAUUGGUAUCGAAACAUGGUACCGUCGAUGGGGUAUUCUUAGUUCGUGAUAGUCGUUCCAAUCCUGGUUCUUAUGUGAUAACCUACAAAUGCGGGGGGAAAGUUAUACAUGCACAAGUCAACCCGAUUCUAGACCCCCUUAGAGAUCGGCCCGUGUUCUCGAUUGACAACGGGGCGACCAAGUUCUACGAUCUGCUACAACUCGUGGAAUUCUAUCAGUUGAAUGCGGGUUGCCUACCUACAAGGCUGACACACUAUGUAACCUUUUUGUUAACGGACGACAUCUCCGAGAAGCACGAAGAGCAGUUUUCCAAAGCGGGAACUAGCACUUAA